UCGGAUUUCGUUAAUGGAGUCUCGCGUUUCCGCUUCAUAGUGUCUUGGAUUCGGUUUUCGUUUUCUUUUUCACUCGGUUUGUUCCGUUUCUCUGGUUCGCUUCAAAGCGUUACUAAGUUUAGAGCACGGGAAUGUAACUGAAUCAGUGCCUAUGGCGGAUGUAGCGGUAGAUUAUGAUUUUUGAGCUAUGGUGAGUGCGGUGGCUGGCUGGAAAUUGAAAUUUCGCUGAGUGAGACUCUGAUAUGUAAAUUAUGAACUUGAAGUCAAAACAAAGCGGUUCCUCCCUCCACAGGGGACUGGAAAUGGUGGAACCUUGCAAGCCUGUCAAAAGCAGCCAUGGGCUAAAACAUCGUCCCCUGACUUCUCUUAGGCUAGUGAGGGGGUUGAUAUGUUUAGUAGUUUACCUGUCGACUGCGUUCACGUUCCUAGUCUACUUUGGGCCUGUUGCAGCAGUAUUGCCGAGGCUUGUAAGCGUGCACGGUUCGAGAAAAGUAACGUCCUUCUUGUUCUCCCUCUGGUUAGCAUUGUGGCCGUUCUUGUUUGAAAAGAUAAAUGGAACAAGAGUUGUAUUUUCUGGGGAUGUGGUGCCCGAUAAAGAGCGAGUUUUGGUACUAGCAAAUCAUAGGACCGAGGUUGAUUGGAUGUAUCUGUGGAAUCUUGCAUUGAGGAAAGGAUGCCUAGGGUAUAUAAAGUAUGUUCUGAAGAGUAGUUUGAUGAAGCUGCCAAUAUUUGGUUGGGGGUUUCAUAUCUUGGAGUUCAUAUCAGUGGAGAGGAAGUGGGAAGCUGAUGAGCCUGUGAUGAGAAAAAUGCUAUCGACGUUUAAGGAUCCUCGAGAUCCUUUGUGGCUUGCUCUUUUCCCUGAAGGAACAGAUUUCACUGAAGAGAAAUGCCAGAAGAGUCAAAAGUAUGCCUCUGAAGUUGGGCUUCCUAUAUUGACAAACGUCCUUCUGCCUAAAACAAAGGGGUUUUAUGUUUGCUUGGAAGUUCUGCAGAACUCCUUGGAUGCAGUUUACGAUUUGACUAUUGCAUACAAGCAUCAAUGUCCUACUUUUUUGGACAAUGCGUUUGGGGUGGAUCCUUCAGAAGUUCACAUUCAUGUUCGGCGCAUCCCAAUGGAGAAUAUCCCGACAACUGAAGACGAGGCUUCUGCUUGGCUAGUCGAGACAUUCAAACUGAAGGAUCAGUUGCUUUCAGAUUUCCAAACUGAGGGACAUUUCCCAGGCGAAGGAACCGAAAAAGAGCUUUCUACUUUGAAAUGCUUGGUGAAUUUUUUAGUAGUAAUAUCUUUGACUGCAAUGUUUACUUAUCUUACAUUCUUUCGGUCGAUUUGGUUCAAGGCUUAUGUAAGUCUAUCUUGUGCAUAUCUAGCUUCAGCUACUUAUUUGAAUUUUCGUCCAACCCCAAUCUUCGAUUCUGUUCAAACAAUGUUUACUGCCAAAAGAAAGAAAGAAGUGAAAUGAUCAAUAUCAUAGGCAUAGUGACAAAGAUUGAAAGGUUCUUGUGUGAUCUGGAAAAAUGGGUCUUAAGUUUCGCCCUGGAUGUUUCCUUUUCUCCUGCUGAAUAUAUCAAUUUGGGAGAAAUACCUCUUGGUUGCAUUCAUUCCAUGCAUACUGGCCACUGUUCAGAGUGUAGCACAUGAUCCUUGUUAGUUUGACGAAAUAUUGAACCAGAAUGCUUUGAGUAUAUUAUAGAUGCAAUCACUGACCCAUAAGUCUCAAUGUGAAACUGAUUGGUCCAAAAUUAUCUAUGCACAAGUCCGUAGCCAAUAUUUGUGCAGGAGAGAAGUGCAUCAGAGGAGCCAAACCCUGAGCAUUGAAGCAGAGGACUAACAAGGGAUGGUUUCAGCGUUGAAAUCACCAUUCCUACAGGCUCCAGGUUCGUCGUCAUUAUGACUCGUAAGUAAAUUUACUAGGCACUUCUGGUUUUUGGAUUCAAUGAAUGCUAAAGUAGAAUGCCUAAAAUGUGUCUCCAUCUUGCAUAGCUGCUUCCCUAUUAUCAUUUUGAUCCUUUGUCUUUACUUUCUGAGUCCCUACAAGUUGGGAUGAUGUCGACAAGGGGACAUGGAUAAGAACAGUUGGAACAGAUAAGGAAUUUGUAGUGUGACUUUUCAGGUGUUAGAAAACAGAAGUUGAUUGAUUUUGUCAAAAGAGAAGGUAAAAAGAACAAAGUAGUUAGUUGGCUCUUUUUUGAGGGUGUAGAAAAUCAAAGCCAAGUACCCAAAUUAAAGAGAAGAAAAAUGGAACGGGAGGUGAGGUAGUUAGUUGGCUCUUUUUUUUAGGGUAUAGAAAAUCGAUGGCAAGUACCCAAAUUACUAAAAUUGUCGGGCCUUUUCCAGUUUCUUUCAUUUUCCAAUUUGUCUAUCUCUGGCUUUUGCGUGUAUUAGGUUUCCAGAAUUCUUUGAUUGUCUUUUUGUUAUGCCUAGGUAGUGUGCUAGAACCGGAUGAAUCAAGCUAGAAAAUGCUGCUGGCGUGUGUGGCAGGUCCAUUUCCUUUGUCGUUCUGGUCUUAUGCCUGUUCUUCACUGUUGUUCUGUUUAUGUUAUGAUUGAUAAUCAACCCUUGUGAUCGUUGGACUGAGCGAUCGGGGGAGCUCAGUGGCCAAUCUCUGAUCUAAUCUAAUGGAUGGUUGAAUCAGAAUUUUAUGGAAGAUCCAGAUCUCACGAGUGUACAGGCAAGCUUUUCCAUUAUCUUCUGCUGAUAAUGACGUUUGGUUGAUCUAAGAGCAUAUGAUUAACUGAGCAUAUUGUUUUGGAGAGAUUAAUAAAAAGACUGAAUUGGUUGAAGGCAGAGCAGAACACGUGCUUUGUUGAACCAUGUUUGGGAAGUGUGUGAGUAAGGG